AUGUCGUCGUCGUGCAGCGGAGCCGUCCGCCGUGUGGUACUAUUCCCUUUCCCAUACCAGGGCCACUUCAAUCCUGUGCUCCGCCUCGCCGGAGCUCUGCACGCCCGCGGUCGCGCGCCAGACCCGGCAGAUUACCCCGCGGACUACAGCUUCGUGGCUGUGCCCGUCACGGUGCCCGCCGACGUCGUGGCGUCCGAGGACAUCGCCAGGCUCGUCGUGGAGCUGAACGCCUGCUGCGCGGCGCCGUUCAAGGAGCGGCUGGCGGAGCUGAUUUCUGACGGCGGCAAGGACGACGGAGGCGUCUGCUGCGUGAUCACCGACGUCAUAUGGUGCUCGGCGCAGGCUGCGGCGAGGGAGCUCAACGUGGCGGCGCUGGGGUUCAUGACCAGCAGCGCGGCCAGCUUCGGGAGCUACAUCGUCUACCCGGCACUGAUUGAGAAGGGCUACUUCCCCGCCCAAGAGGAGCGCCGGGAUGAUCCUGUUGACUUGCUGCCGCCGUUCCGUGUGAGAGACAUGGAACGCAUAGAAACGAGUAGCCUCGUCGACUUCGCCAGCGUGCUGGCGCACAGGGUCGACGGAGCCAGGCAGUCCUCCGGUCUCAUCAUCAACACGUUUGACGCCAUCGAGGCUACCGACCUCAGCAAGAUCCGCGAGGACUUGUCCAUCCCGGUGUUCUCCAUCGGGCCUCUCAACAAGUUCACGCCGCCGGUGAAAGGCAUCAGCCUGUACCGGUUGCAGCAGGACCGCCGGUGCCUCGACUGGCUGGACACGCAGGCGCCAGGCACGGUGGUCUACGUGAGCUUCGGUAGCCUCGCCGCCAUGGACCCGCACGAGUUCGUGGAGCUGGCUUGGGGCCUGGCUGACAGCAAGCGCCCCUUCGUUUGGGUGGUCAGGCCAAGCCUCAUCCGCAGCUUCGAGUCCGGUGAGCUGCCGGAUGGGUUUCGGGAGGAGAUCGGUGACCGAGGCAUAUCAGAAGGCGUGCCCACGAUAUCACGCCCGUUCUUGGGAGACCAAUUUGGAAAUGCUAGGUUUGUGUGCGAUGUUUGGAGAGUGGGAGUGGAGGUUGAAGUGGAGACUCAGGUCGAGAGAGGGAAGACCCAAGCUGCUAUUGAGAAACUAAUGGGCAAUAAUGAAGGCAAAGCGUUAGGGAGAGGAUGA